UUCACUGGGGUCGGCGGCCUCCCGGGUCCGCCGCGUUCCAUUCCCAGGCGGGCCGGCCGGGGCCGCGGCGUCCUCGAGCCGGUGCGCGGAGCCGCGGCGCCUCGGGGUCCGCGUUCCAAUCCCGUCUGGGCAAACCCCUCGGUCUCCCGGGACGCCGGUUUCCUCGCGGGGGAGCGCCCCGGGCCUGGCCCGGACGGGCAGGUUGGGCGGAGGCGGGAAGGAGGGGCUUCCCCGGGGCCGCGCAGAGUCGGGCCGCGUUUAACCCCCUAGUUGGGGGCUGUGGGUUGGGGCCCGGUGUAGACAGGUGGGGGGACUUAAAGCGGGUUACAGUCUGCCAGGUGGAGUUCAGGCCCCGCUGGAGGCGGGUGACGGUGUGGGUCGCCACGCCGCGCCUGAUGCACACGCCGGCCGCAGGGCUGAACGGGUCACCCGCUGGCCGCUGUCCUCAUCUGUCCCGAGACCUCCUGUCCUCUAUUUUUAGUCGGGGCAUUUGGGCAGGUGCUGGGGACUGAGUCAGGCUCUGCCCCCGGCUUCAGCCGUCACCCGGUGACUGAGUCCCGUCCCCCCAGCAGGUCGGGGUGGGCCGAAGGCCUCGGGGCCUGAGCUGGCCGUGACCUCACGGUCGGGUGCCCCGGCCUCCCCAGCCAGACAGUUCUGCCUGGUGUCUGACCGGUUCCCUCCUGCUGGAGCCCAGGGCCCCCAGCUCUCACCCCUUAGAGCCUGGGGCUGGGCACGUCUAGCCAGACACCUGCAGCUUCCUUCUCUGAUCCUUCCCCUCCACUACCUGGGCUGUUUUGCAGGGGAGCAAGCAAGUCGGGCCCAGCUGCAAGCUCUCACCUUACCUUCUGGGGUGCUGAUGACAGCUGCUCCCUGUCCCCCAUUCCCGAGGACUGGUCCCGUGUCUGGGGCCUUCACCUGAAAGCCCCCUUGCUCACUCCCUUCUCUCUGCCUUUGCAGCUCUGUCUCUGGGGUGCCCUGUCAGGGUUUGGAGAUGUGAUUGUGGCCCCAUUAAAUACCCCUCACCUGUCUAAACUGAGUGUCUGGCCACCUGGUGGGGUUCUACAGACCUCAGCCCACAGCCUGAGACCCCCCGGGCCUUAGUCUCCUCCUUGGGACACUGCUCUCAGACUCUGUUUGGCUCUUGGGGAGCUGCUUGGGAACCACUGGGUGAAGCAGACGGGGACACUGGGGCGCUGGAUGCAUUGCAUUUGUGAGUUUGAGCCUCUGCUGCUCACUGUGUGAUCAGGCAGACCAUGGCGGAGCCCCCACAGAAGUGGGGGAAGAGGCCCGAUGGCAGUGCCCUGGGUGGCGCCGUGGACUUCCUCCUGGCCAACGCCCGCCUGGUGCUGGGCGUGGGCGGGGCUGCAGUGCUGGGCAUCGCCACCCUGGCCGUGAAGCGGCUCAUCGACAGGGCCACCAGCCCAAGGGGCGAGGACGAUGCCAAGUUGGACCCCACGUGCCUGGAGGAUGGCUGGAAGGAGCUGAGCCUGCUCAAGGCCACGCCACACCUGCACCCCCAGCCGCCUCCCGCCCCCCUCAGCCAGCCCGUGCCGCCCCCAGCAUCUGCGCCUGCUGCUGCAGAGGGUCCUGGAGACGCCCACCCUCGAGACCCUGAUGCUCGCACGUCGCCCCAGCUCAGCUGCCCGGUCCCCCUGUGCCUGACCUUCCAGGAGAAGCUGCUCGCCUUUGAGCGGGACCACGUGGCCAUCCCUGCAGCCGACAAGGCUCUGGCCAAGCAGCUGGCUGGUGACAUCAGCCUGGAGCUGCAGGCCUACCUGCGGGGCAAGUUCCCGGCACUGCCCUUUGGGGCCCUGGAGCCAGGCGGGCCACUCUACGAUGGGCUGCAGGCGGGGGCUGCCGACCCCAUGCGCCUCCUGGUGCCGCUGGCGCUGGAGCCCGGCCUGUGGGGCCUGGUGCCAGGCAUGGACACCGUGGCCGCGGAUCCCCGCUGCUGGGCCCUACGCAGGACGCAGCUGGAGUUCCAUCCCCGUGGGAGCAGCCCCUGGGACCGCUUCCUGGUGGGCAGCUACCUGUCCCCCCGGGCGCUCCUGGAGCUGCUCCGCCAGGCACUGGCGGCCUCUGUCAACUGGCCAGCCAUCGGGAGCCUGCUCGGCUGCCUGAUCCUGCCUGGCGUGGCCUCCCCAGAGCUGCUGCUCGAGGUGCGGCAUGGGCACCUGGAGCUCUGCAUCGCCGUGCUGCCCGCGGUGGCUGCUGCUGGCCACCUCCUCCUUGCCCGGCCCCUGGAGGGGCUGGCCGGGAACCUGUGGGUGCAGGACUGGUACCCGGCAGAGGCUGCCAGGCUGCGGGCGCUGGAUGAGGGUGAUGCUGGGGUCCGCCGGCGGCUGCUGCAACUGCUCUGCGGGGUCUGCCGUGGCCACCCCAUGCUGGGGCAGCUGGGCCGGGGCCCCCUCACCCAGGUAGUCCUGCACCUGGGGGAGGCGGCGGCCAACUGGGCCGAGGAGGCCUUGGGGGAGCGCUUCCUGCAGGCCCUGGAGGAGCUCGUGGGCAGCCUGGAGCGGGCCAGCCUGCCCGGCCACUUCAACCCUUGUGUCAACCUCCUGGACAAUCUGAGUGCGGAGGAGAUAGAUGCCAUCGGCUACGCACUGUACAGCGGCCUGCAGGAGCCCGAGCGGCUGCUCUAGGGGGGCGGGGGUAGCACACUUGCCUGGGGUGGAGAGCCAUCUCUCUUGCUUUUGGCCAGGAUCGGAGACAAAUGUCUUGAUGCUUGCAGGGUGGUAGGUGCCUGUGCCCCGAGCGCCUGGGGCGAUGUCACCUGAACUCAGCUGGGUUACCUCUUUGGCUGCUCGUCCAGGACCCCCCUCUGCUCCUCGGGGCCAACCCCAGAGCCCUGGGCUUUAUCUGUCAUCACCAGCAAUGCGUCCCCACUGAUGGACUGUGGCCGCUGCUGUCCCAGGAGGGGUGGGUGGUCAGCUCUAUUUUUUCUACCAAGAGGAAGUGGUUUUAGCACUUUCCUCGGGUGCAGCUCCAAGGCAUCCGGGGGCCUCCAGGCCAGGAGUCUUGUGUGUUUGCUGUCCCCUGGGGGCUGCAGGCACCUGGUAGGCCCGCAGUACAGCCCUUCCCGAUGUCUUCUGCGUUGAGCAAUCUGCUUCAGCUCUGGAGCCGUGCAGGGGGUAGAAAACCAGGCUGACUUGCUGCCCACCUCGUGUCUCGAAGGUUCUCUCCCCUCCAGCUGGCCGAGCUUUCUCUUCGGGCUGCAGAAGCCCUGGAGAGCCUCCGCGAUGUGCCAGAACAAGUCUUCUUGCCGAGCUCUGUCACCUUGAAGCCUGGCUGGGUAGCAGGGGCCGGAGUGGGGAGAGCUGCCCCCACCUGUCUCCCUAGUAGCCUUUCUGUGAAACAGAGCUCUGCCUCCAAGAACGUGAAUGAGAAUAAAAGGAAAAAAUUCUUAGACAACAUGUGAAUUGGCAGCUGGGAAGGAUUGGCCUGGUGCUACCUUUUGGAGUUUCCUGGGAAUCCUGUGGCUUGGCCUGAGAGUUUGGGAUCGAGGGAGGUGGGGAGUGGUGGGAUAUAACCAGGAGAGUCGUGGAGCGUGUGGAGCAACUGGGAGCCAACCUUGGGGUUUUGUUUCUCCUGGAGGCCGCACACGCCAUCCCCACUGUGUGGCCAAGCUUCCUCACCCUCUGUCUCCUCCUGUGGCCCCCGAGCGAGGCCUCGUGCUGAGGAGAGUGGGCGUGAGUCAGUGCGUUUCUGCGUCCCUGCAGAUGCCCAAAAAGCUGGCGGCCUUCGUCAUCACAGACAGAUGUGUCCACAGCUGCAGGAGCCACGGGGGUGGGCUGUGUUCUUCCCCUCCCUGCUUCCGAGUUUCCUGAGGUGACUUCAGGACAGGGGAGCAGGGUCAGCUCUCUCUCCAAGGGGCUGACACGUGGGGCAGCUGGGUGCAGGCCGCGGGUGGGGGCCAUGCUGCAUUUGGGGUGCUCCUGAGCAUGACUGGGCUGCCUCGAGGCAGUGUGGGCUCUGCGGCACCAAGGCUACAGGGGACACGAGGGCAGGAGGCUGGGAGGCCAUGCGAUGACUGUCCGGGGGCUGCCCCGUGGCCUUGGCGCAGGCGCCUUGAGCAACCUCGGUAACACCGAGGGGGGCCAGGGAGUAGCGCGGGCUCGGCACCUGUCCGGGCAGAACCUGUGCCUCAGCAUCCUCACCUGUGAAGACGGGGGAUGACUUACUCCCCGCUUCUUGGGGUGGCCGUGAAGAUCAAAUGCCCCUGAAGGAGAGAUGCCGGGCCUAGCAGCCUCUCAGUCAGCCAAACACGGCCAGGCCCUUCAUGGGCUGGGGGCCAGGGCCGGCGGGGGCCAUGCUCUCCAGAACCCACCAGUAAUGGGGCUGCUCCGGGUGCUGGUGAGGAUGCCAGGCCGAGAGGCAGGCUUGGUUGGAGCCCACCUUCCGGACACCAAACCCAGCGUGGCCCAUGGAGGCCGCCUGCUUCGGGAGCUCUGCAUUUCCCCUCACGCUGUGGUUUCCCCGAGAAGAGCAAGGUACUGGGAUCAAAGAGCAACUCCAGCUGCCGAUCGUGGAGUUGGGCCACUUCCAAUCUCCGUGCAUUUUCCUCAGCUCUGUAAGCUCAGGGUUUCUCAGAUAAACUUCAUAUCAGACCCAUGUCAAGCCCUGACUAAGAAGGAGGAAAACAGUGACCCGGUGGCAUGGCCUAUCUGAGGACAAGGCCCAGGACGUCUGUUUCUGGCCAGAGAAGACUUGGAAACAAGCCCGUUUGCUAGGCGCCUUUGCAGGAUCUUGGGGCCAAACCAGCUGCCCAAUGAGCUGCUGCUAAAUUUUACUCUGUCUUCUGUAACGCAAGGAUGACUCCAAUUCCAGUGCCAACUCCAGCUGCUUGGACGAGCCAAGUCUAGCCUCAGCCCGCGGCUGAAAUGCCCUAAAACCUAGAACCUUCAGCUGUGGGGGCGGAAACAGUUAUUCUAGUUUUCUUAGUUUUACCAAGUGAACUAAGGACAGGAGGUGUAAUGAUGGUGGAAAGCAGUACCUGCCUUACCUGCUCAGAACCAAGGGGUUGCCCCAUGCAAAAAAAAAAAAAAA